AUGAGGCUUUCCGCAGCUGUCAUCGCUCUCCUUUCCACGAGCGCGGCUGCUUUUAGCGUUUAUCGCGAGAACAGCGUCUCUGCCAACGAUGAACUCGAUGUUCCCGGAAAGUCACCCUUGAGGUUCUGUGACGCUGCGGCCGAUCGCAAAGAUGACAUCGUUACCAUCGAGGAGGUCAUAUUGACACCAAACCCUCCUGAGGCCGGUCAGACCCUGACAAUCGAGGCGUCUGGUAUUGUCAAGGAGGCCAUCGAGGAAGGGGCAUACGUCAACUUGCAAGUCAAGUAUGGCUACAUCCGCCUGAUCAACACCUCUGCCGACCUGUGCAAGGAGAUGAAGAACGUGGAGCUCGAAUGCCCCAUCAAGAAGGGCAGACUCUCGAUUACCAAGAACGUUGAGCUGCCCAAGGAGAUCCCACCUGGCAAGUACACUGUUGAGGCCGAUGUCUACAACAGCGACGAUAAGCACAUCACCUGCUUGACCGCCACCGUCUUCUUUGGUCGCAAGACCCUUGGCUUCCUUGACGAUCUCUGA